ACAUUCAUCUCUUUUAUUUUGUGAUUGGAAUUUCGGUUACAAAAUUUACCGAUAAUCCGUUGACAAGAUGCCAAUUUUCUUAUCAUAUCACCAUGCAACUAAUUUCAUUUACUCAAAAUAGAGAGAGAAAUCCUCUCUCGUAGAUUCAAUCAGACAGCACAGAAUUCUCGAUUCUUUUCUUCCCCAGAAGCUGGUGUGAUCAAGCUAUGGAGAAAUUGCCAACGGAUCUUCAUCUCAAGAUUUUCUAUUUGUUGGAUCCUCAAAAUCUCGCAGCUGCUCAACUGGUGUGUAGGAAAUGGAGAGACUUGGCCUCAGAUGAGGGGCUAUGGUCUAAUCUCUUUAAGGAGAGAUGGGGGAUAGACCGAGCCACAUUUUACGCGCCUGCAGCUCCUGAUUCGUGGAAAGACGUCUACGUUGUUCAAGAUCGAUGCGAUCGUGUUGGAUUGGGGUUGAAGAUAAUAAGGGAAGGGGAAGAUUAUUAUUUAGUCCAUCAAGGUCGCAUUGAACGGGGUCUGGGAUCAAGACGAGAAGCUGAUAUGAGCUGCACGAGAGGCGUAGAUGAAGAGGUACCAAGUGCAGGUAUCUUGGACAAAAUUCUCUUCUUCGUCGGGGACCUGGAAGUUGCUACUAUGAAUGCAAAACGCAACCGUCUCAUUAGGAUCGACGAUGGUUCCCCAUCUACCCCCGAAGUGACUCAGACCCCCGGCCUAAUGGUCGGAGGUGAAGCGUCUUAUCACCGAGACGCACUUCGUUGUCGGGAUGGGAAGGAACGAGUCAGCCAACCUUUCCCCAAGCACGGGUCCAGACCAGUUAACUGUAUCAACCCAAUCAAGGGUACCAAGUUAACCUAUCUCCCCCAGCGCCUGGGUCCAGGCCAGGACUCAAGAACUCCCCAGGGGAAAUUAAUCCCCAAGUUGCGCCUCCCAGGGGUCGAACUCGUGACCUAUAGGAUGGCGCGGUAUCCUUGCCUCCCUCCUCAACCACUUCAGCUAGGGGGUUUGGAUUUUUAGGGCUUGGAUUUAGGAUACGAUUUUAAAAGGUUGAAUGUUGUGUAUUUAAAUCAUUUUCAAAACCAUGUUAUAUGGCAUUUGGGAGUUGUGCAAAAUCAAGACAAA